AAUCAAGCAGAGUUGUUGAACGAUAAUCGCAGCGAUAUCGAUAUCGAGUUGAAGGAGAGGUUGGAGAGUGAGUUUGCAUCGUUGUCACCUGAGGUUAUCAACGAGUUCAUGCAUGACCUCGAAACGGCUGUUCAACAGCACCGUCGUCAUAUGGCCGCGAAAGCAGCCGCUCUCAUCAGUGAGCUUCCUCAAUCCAAAAGACAUCAACUUUUACAAAAACUGUUCAAAAUUCGUGAGGCAAAAUCGUAA